GACAUGUUUUGCCGCGCGUGCACGCGGAUCAGUUUACAUUAUUUGGUGGGGGUAGGAAAGGGUCCAUCUUGUAGAAGGAUAGCUGCGUAGAGUAUUGCACCCAUGUCAGCGUAACUCUCAGCUGCUUCAGGAGUCGCCAUUGCUAGAAAGACAGUGACUGCAACACAGACGUGUGGGAACGACAUAGUGCCGUGCUGACCUACUUGGGAGUGCGGGAACUAGUGCAUAGCCCUGUGGAUGCACACUCUCCUAGCGGAUGUUCGGUAGGAAAUACUCUCUUGGCGUUCCGCGAUAACAACUUCACGGCGCUCGAUUAAGAGCCAAUAGUACCGCGGUGGGAUUGCAAGUAGUGUGUGCAAUUGUCUCAAAUACCAUAGUGUACGGUGCGUUAGCGAGAAGCCCCGAAGGUUGAUAUUAGUGGUAUCGCUCGGAUACUGAGCUGGCAGUUACAAGGAUUCCGUGAAGCCUAUGACAUCAACUAGAACGGUGUCGUAACCCGUCAGUCUCAGGCACGUUUGCUGUGUGGUGGGCGUUUAGCUGCGCCAAACCUGGAUUUAUCUACAAGCCGUCUGCUUCCUGCAUCACUCAGUUUGGUGCAUAUUUGAGAGAAUCUUCACGUUUGCCAGUAUCCCGCCUCCAGUGUCAUAAGUCGGACCCUUUACACUCGGGAUACUUAGGAUUACCCACCCCAAACGUCGCACCGUGCCUGGAACCACACCCCUUUUAGUUGACAUCAGUACCUGGAUAUAACUAAUACCCGCAGCUAUGAUGACCACGUGUUGCGCCAUCUUGGGACUGAUUUUACUUGUAGUAACUAACCUUUGUAUCAUAAUUUCAUUUGCCACGCCAUACUGGCUGGAAAUUAAGGAUGUCGAUAUCAACUUUUACCACCAACCUGCCCACCGAGGUCUGUGGGCCUACUGUGACUACCGGGAGUGUACGUGGGUCUUCCAUGGGAAUUACGAUCGUGCCAGCGACACAAUUUGGUGGAAAGCUACGCAGGCCCUGAUGUCGUGUGGGCUGGCGCUGGGACUGCUGUCGUUGAUGUUGGCGACAAUGGCGCUGUGCUGUGGAUGUAAAGAUUGCAACGCCAGUAUUGCUGUUUCCAUACUUCUCAUCCUGUCUGCUCUCUCCAUGGGAGGCGGUGUUGUCACGUUCGGCUAUAACGCCCACUCGGAUCAAAACUUUCAGGCUGAACUCAGUUGGGACGAACAUCCGAACGUGAAAAAGAUAUUUAGUUGGUCCUUUUGGCUGGGCAUAGCGGCCCCGGGAUGGGCACUGUUGACGUCAGUCAUGUACUGCAUCGAAGGUAGGAAAACCCGGUUGUAAGUGCCCGAUACUGGCCCAUUGUUAAUGUUUAAGAUCACCUCGGACGCAUGGUGGACACGUCUUGAUGGGGGGCAGCAUCCGUCACGAGUCGGACCCUAACGUAAGAUUGUACGACCAUGACUUGACAACUGGGUUGGUAUUUCCUACAUCCGGGCCUGUAAGCGACGUGCACCUUGACGAGGAUAUUCAAAAUCAAAACAUCGUCCUGAUGGUCUUCAUGCCUCAUCCCACUACGAAACAAAUGAAAACUAUUCACCACGGAUUGGAAUCAAUUUAUUUCGAUGUGGAGUCGGGCGGAUCUUCCAUUACUAUAUGGCUGGAUGGACCAGCACUUUAGGUUAAUGUCACCGCUAGAGGGCGCUGGAUUUUUGCUCUAGUUGUCGCUUUACUUCCUGCUUAAUUGGCAGCCGCUUCAAAAAUGAACAAAACAGCCAUCCUAGUGGACCUUAACCCAGUACAUUUCUUGGAGUUUUUUUUAUCUUUAUUAACAUGUAACAGAGGGAAAGACAACAUAUUUUUUUAGAUUCCGUCAGCUAUUUUCCUGUACUCCCUGAUUUAAGUUGACCAUUGUGUAUGCAUUGUGCAGUGCUGAAUUUACCAUGAACUGUUUCCGAUGUUUAAAGUAGGCUCUCUCUUUGGGAACAUUUUCAUAGAGGAAAGUUCUGUGAAAGCCGGUUAUUUUUAAAUAUUUUGCUUUGGCAGCGGAAGUCAUGCUCGUAUUGUUUCAAAUACCUACAGAUUUAGGCACACAUAUCCAUGACAAUAACUGGUUACUAUACGUAGUUUUGACAACUACAUUGGGUGUCAAUAUCCAGUCGCGUUUACGUAAUUUUUGAACGGGUAUCGUUUACAUUUGUAAUCUUA